AUGUCGGAAAGUAAAGAAAAUAUUUUUCUCUUUGUGCCUAAUAUCAUUGGUUUUGGGCGAGUGAUUCUGGCUAUAAUCUCGUUCUAUUUUAUGCCUACACAUUGUGUAUUAGCGUGUGUUUGCUACGUUACUUCAGCAUUACUCGAUGCAAUUGAUGGACAUGCCGCAAGAUACUUUAAUCAAAGCACAAAGUUUGGUGCAAUUUUGGACCAACUUACGGACCGUGCUGGGACUGCAUGUCUUAUGAUGACCUUGGCAACUUUUUACCCACAGCAUACCUUUUGGUUUCAAAUAUCUAUGGCUAUAGAUAUAACUUGCCAUUGGCUCUACCUCCACACAGUGACCCUUCAAGGAAAGGCUUCUCAUAAGUUCAUUGAUAUGUCAGAAAACCCCAUCAUGCGCAUAUAUUACACAAAUAAGAUGGUCUUGUUUGCAAUGUGUGCUGGCAAUGAAGCAUUCUAUGCUGCGCUAUAUGUCAUGUACUUUUAUACUGGGCCAACAGUUUUGGGUGUUGGUCUAUUUAAACUCAUUGCCAUCAUAUCAGCACCAAUAGCUGUUGUGAAGGCAGCUAUAUCAGUUCUCCAAGGAGUGGUUGGAGCUAUGAAUCUCGCCACUAUUGACAUCAAUGAGAGAGCAGCUCUUGCUAAGAAGCAAGCAAACUAA